GCCUCGCUGAAGGCUGGCGCCGCGGCGGAUCGGGGCUCUGGCUCUGGACUCCCGCGCAGCAUCCUCGCUGCGGCCGCUGCGGCUGGCGGCGGCGCUCGGUCAGGUGACAUUCCCCAUCACCGCUUCCUUCUUUCAUCAACAUCUUCAUCACGACCAUCACCAUCACCAUUUCUCUUCCUCCAUCAGAGCUCUUCAAGUUCUGCAAAGGCAGACUCUAUUCAGGCAUGCGGUCUUGUUGCUGGAGAUGACUGUCAGCUGCUUUCCCUGCCUAGCCACCAUCACAUGCCCCACCACCGGAGCCCGGAAAGCCUGACCACAGACCAGCAUCUCCAAGGCAUGAAUAAUUAGGUAGGCAUAAUGGAAGGUACUCACUGCACCCUCCAAUUGCACAAGCCCAUUACUGAAGUCUGCUACAUCAGCUUUUAUCUUCCGAGGGGGGAAGUCAGAGGAUUUUCAUACAAGGGCACUGUAACUCUAGACAGAUCCAAUAAAGGGUUUCAUAACUGCUACCAAGUCAGGGAGGGGUCAGACGUCAUCGGCCUCAGCCUGCAGCCAAAUGAACAUCCAGGCGACAUAUUUUUCAAGCAAACUCCCACAAAAGACAUUUUAACCGAGCUGUACAAACUCACAGCAGAGAGGGAGAGACUUCUGGCCAAUCUGCUGAGCUCAGACCACAUCCUGGGGAUCACGAUGGGGAACCAGGAGGGGAAGCUGCUGGAGCUGUCCGUGAGCCUGGCCCCUGGAGAUGACUGUUUCCAGAGUGGUGGUGACUGGCCAGGGGAGCCCCCCGUGGGCUGUCUCAAUAAGAGGAAUGCCCAUGGGAACAGAAAACCGCGGAGGUUCGGGGGAAGGAGAGGGGGCUCUGAGGUGCUUCCACACAAGAGGACCAGAAGAAAAGGGCGUGGGGGCCAGCCGUUGGUUCUUCAGAUGGGGAAGGACCAGACGGGUUCCAGCAAAUCCCUUCCUCUUUCUCGAACAAGGCCUAACCUUUGGCUUGUAGAGGAGAAAGGCAAUUUGCUCCCGAGUGGGGCAUUUACUUCUUCCCUACGGUGGAGAGAGAGCUACUUCCCAGAGAUCCCCGGGACGCUGGGUACCAGCCAUGGCUUUGGGAGCUUCAGGAAGGCAUCGGAGGACCCCAGGCUUGGAAGAGGAGGACGGCCCCCUGCCUGCAGCUCCGCAGAGCCGGGAGAUGAUGGUGCUGCAGUGCCGGACAGGGAUCCUCACAGGCUGGAGCACCAGGAAGCAGGUUUGCUUGAAAGUCAGGAAGACACUGAGAAGCACCUGAAGGCAGGGAAGGACCGGAGGGAGAAGUCCACUGGGCAUACAUGCAGGAAGAAGUCUAUUUCCAAAGUUGUGGCCAAAGUCCAGGAUCUGUCCACUCAGGUGCAGAGAGUAGUUAAAAUGCAUCCUGAGGGUGAGGAAAGCAUUGCUGUUUGCCCGGCGGCCCAAGUGGAGUUUGUGCCCAGAGCAGACUGGCUCACCCUCCCAGGAGUCGAGGGUGGCACUCAUGGUUCCAGGUGGCAAGGCAGGGAGCAGCAAGGGGACCGGGCAGUGCAGCUGUCGGCCCUGGAACGUACUCCAGGUACUCCAGCCAGUGCCGAGGGGCCUGUGAACAAGGUCCUGCUGAAGGUGAUAGACAGUGAGAAGUUAGAUGAAGCCGCCGAGGGGAAAAGGCUGGGCUUCCCCCCGAGCACACCAGCCACCCACACCCUCCCAGAAGCCAGAAGCAACAGGAAGGCUGAGCCGCCUCUCAGGGGUCACAAAACCUUAUUUCUGGACCUUCCCUGCAGCAGAGGCCCUGACUGGUCGCAGCCCAGAGGCAGUGAGCAGAGGCCAUCCCCCCCAGCACUGGCACCGCUCAGCAUGCUCCUGAAUAAUUCAUCCUCCCAGUGGGGCACACACUGGCGGAUGUCACCUGUUCCCUCGCCUCUGUCUCCAAGGCUCCCUGGCCCUCAGCAGCAUCACAGAGUCCCCCAGCUCCCUCCACAGCCUGCUGAGUGGGAAGUGGCUCCUAAUGACGCUCUUGGCCCAAAGAGCAGUACUUUCUCUGGGUCCUCCUGUGCUGACACUUUGGAGCCACCAUUCUCUGCAAAGGUCACGGAGACCAAAGGAACCAGCUCGCCCUCCUUCAGAGCAGGACAACCUCAGUUGGUGCCUGGGGAACCUUUGGAAAAGAGCUCGGGGCCCGGAAAGACCUCAGGCCGGCCUCAGUACCAGUCCCCUUCAGGCAUCUCCUCUGAGGGUUUGUCCCGGGAUUGUUUCAAUGAGCAGACAGCAACCAGAGACCUUCCCAGCAGGGAUGGAAGUGCAUGGUUCCUGGGCUAUAGAGCAGGGCCAGCCUGUCCAUUUCUGCUCCACGAGGAGAGAGAGAAGCCAAACAAAAGUGAAUUGUACUUGGAUCUCCAUCCUGACCACAGCCCCACUGAGCAGGACGAUAGGACUCCAGGCAGACUCCAAGCUGUCUGGCCACCCCCAAAGACAAAGGACACAGAAGAAAAAGUGGGAUUGAAGUACACCGAAGCAGAAUAUCAAGCUGCUAUUUUACACUUGAAGAGGGAACACAAAGAAGAAAUUGAAAACCUACAGGCUCAGUUUGAACUUCAGGCAUUUCAUAUCCGAGGGGAGCAUGCCGUGGUUACAGCAAGACUAGAAGAAACCAUUGAAAAUCUCAAACAGGAGUUAGAACACCGACGGCGAGGAGGAUGUGAAGAGAUGAGAGAUGCGUGUAUCUCCACUGACGAUGAUCAUCCUCCAAAGACCUACAGAAAUGUGUGCAUCCAGACAGACAGAGAGACUUUUCUCAAACCCUGUGAAGGUGAAGGCAAGACAAUCAGAAAUAACCAGAUAAUACCCAAAAAGCUGAAUAUCUCCUCUUUAAGUCAGCUUUCUCCCCCAAAUGACAACAAAGACAUCCAUGUACCACUUCAGGCUGUGGAAUGCAUUUCACCAAGUCAGCAAAAGACAUCACCUCCCCCUCCUGCACCACCCCUACCAGCAGUCAUCCCUCCCCCUCCUCCCCCUCCCCUCCCCCCUGGACUUGAACCUUUGCUACCAGUACCUCCAGCACCACCUGUGAGUGCUGGACCGCCACCCCCUCCACCCCUUCCACUGCCGCCAAGUGCUGGGCCUCCUCUGCCUCCUCCUCCACCACCGCUUCCUAAUUCCUCUACUCUGCUCAACAGUGGGGGGCCUCCUCCUGCUCCCACACCUCCAGGACUUGCACCCCCACCUCCUCCUGGACUUUUCUUCGGAGUUGGCCCUUCUAGCCAGUGUCCUCGGAAGCCAGCCAUUGAGCCAAGCUGCCCCAUGAAGCCUUUGUACUGGACUAGAAUACAAAUAAGUGAUAAAAGCCAAAAUGCUACACCAACCUUAUGGGAUUCCUUAGAAGAACCUGAUAUUCAGGAUACUAGUGAAUUUGAGUAUUUAUUCUCCAAAGACACAACUCAGCAGAAGAAAAAGCCUCUGUCAGAGACUUAUGAGAAAAAGAACAAGGUCAAAAAGAUCAUCAAGUUAUUGGAUGGAAAACGAUCUCAAACUGUGGGAAUCUUGAUAUCUAGUUUGCAUUUAGAAAUGAAGGAUAUCCAGCAGGCCAUUUUCAACGUGGACGACUCUGUGGUUGAUCUGGAGACCCUGGCAGCCUUAUAUGAAAAUAGAGCCCAAGAGGACGAACUGGUUAAAAUAAGGAAGUAUUACGAGACAUCCAAGGAAGAAGAAUUGAAGUUGCUGGAUAAACCUGAGCAAUUUUUACACGAGUUAGCCCAGAUCCCGAAUUUUGCUGAACGGGCUCAGUGCAUAAUCUUCAGAUCUGUCUUUUCUGAGAGUAUCACCUCCUUGCACCGAAAGGUAGAGAUCGUCACAGGAGCUUCCAAGGGUUUGCUGCACAUGAAGAGUGUGAAGGAUAUUUUAGCUCUCAUUCUGGCUUUUGGAAAUUAUAUGAAUGGAGGAAAUAGGACUCGGGGACAAGCAGAUGGAUAUAGCUUAGAAAUUCUGCCCAAACUCAAGGACGUCAAAAGUCGGGAUAAUGGGAUUAAUCUGGUGGACUAUGUCGUGAAAUAUUACCUGCGUUACUAUGAUCAGGAAGCAGGAACAGAAAAGAGUGUUUUCCCUCUGCCCGAACCACAAGAUUUCUUUCUGGCUUCCCAAGUCAAGUUUGAAGACCUCAUAAAAGAUUUGAGAAAACUCAAGAGACAACUAGAAGCAAGUGAGAAACAAAUGAUCAUAGUAUGCAAGGAAUCACCAAAGGAGUAUCUCCAGCCUUUCAAGGACAAACUAGAAGAGUUCUUCCAGAAAGCCAAAAAAGAGCAUAAAAUGGAAGAAAGUCACUUGGAGAAUGCACAGAAAAGUUUUGAAACAACAGUAGGAUAUUUUGGGAUGAAGCCAAAGUCUGGUGAGAAGGAGAUCACACCCAACUAUGUGUUUAUGGUGUGGUACGAGUUCUGCAGUGACUUCAAGACCAUCUGGAAGCGGGAGAGUAAAGCUCUAUCUAAAGAAAGAUUGAAAAUGGCUCAGGAAUCAGUGAGCAAGCUGACAUCAGAGAAGAAAGUGGAGACAAAGAAAAUCAAUCCCACGGCUAGUCUGAAAGAAAGACUGCGUCAGAAAGAAGCCAGCGUGACCACUAACUAACACAGAGCUAUGUGAGAAUGACGGCAGCAAGAUGCAUUUUCUUGCAUGGUCCUUUGCAACAUUAGUGCUGCAGAAAGUUCUUGAAAGAUAUAUCACCAAAUGUUUGUUUUGCUCAUCUCUUCUGAGGUCAUUGCAGGGAGCACCCCAUGCCUUAAGGGAGUCCCUUGUUAAGGCACAGGAACAAUGAGAAACUGUUUAAGAGAACAUUGCAGGAAUAUUUGAUUAUUGUUUCUUAUAGAGGUCCAAAGUCACUCCAUUACAAGACCAGAAGAAAUACCAAGAUUUUCCAAAUGGUUUUAAAAGUGGAGAUUUGAAGCUUUCUAAUACAAGCUUGAUAUAUAUAAACUUUUGACAGAAGAAAAGAAGGAUCUUCUAUGACAGUUGCCUUGAGAGAGUUCAAGCCUUGGUCUUUAUGCCCUGCGGUGUGACUAUUGAUCUUAAUUUUGAUCCUGUUGCGGUGAUAUCCUAAAGCAUCUUUCUCAUCAAAAAUGUUGAAACUUACCAAAACUAUAUUUUAAGCCAUCCUAGACUAUUUAUUUUCCAAAUGAGAGAAAGAGUUAUUUUGUUGUCCUUGUUGUUGUUCAUAUUAUGGAAAGGAUGGAGAUGGAAUUAUACAUGGGUGGAGAGGGAACUAAAUAGCCAUAAAUUCAUCCUGAAGAAGAAAUUACUAGACAGGAAGUUGACAUCAACCAGUGAGCAAGACCUAUUUCUUUGUUUUUAUGCAAGUUCAUUGUGGUUUCUUUGCCUGGCAAAAUUCUGCACCCUAACCCCUGGAGAAACAGUGAUACCCAAGCCACCACAGUUCUGGAGGUCAAAGUACCUGCUUGGGCAGGUGACCCAGUAACAGCACAUUUCACAUUUCAGACUGUUUAUGAAUGGGUAAGGCUGUGUUGGCAUGCAGCCACGCCCUGCAUUGUGUUCUGGGACUGUGCACAUCCGUACACCUCCCACCACCUUCAGGAGGCAGUUUCCAAACAGGAGAGCAAAUGCUACUGGUAGCCUUUCAUCGUGACCUUGACUGAUAGGCCUGUGACCUAAGGUGAAGCAAAAGUCUUAAACAUUGAAAAAAUUAAGAGCAUAAAAAAGUUCUUUAUGUCAAAAUGAAAAGGUUAUUACAUUAAUAUUAAGCUUUGAGUGAAAUAUCACUCAUAGACAGCUUUUUCUGAUCCUGGGAGCCCAUAUGACCACUGCCCCUUGAAUCACAAGGGAAACCAUCAUGGACUUUUCCCCUGACACUUUUUUCCUGAAGCUGUCUCUCUUCAAAUCUGUCUUGUGAAAGGAAAAGAGAGCGGACUGGGGGUGAAUUGAGAAGAGAAUCAAAGACUAUCCAUUUUUGCCUUGAAGGGAAAGAGGUCCAAACCUUCUCCUUGAGUUGGUGGACAACAGUCUAGAGGUGUAUAAGAACCUUAAAACCCUUCCUGAUUGGGCUUCCAUGUGUGGCCUUGCCCCUAACCCCAGCCUCUUCCCAGAACCUCUCAAUUCACCAGGUGCCUGAGUGUCCACCCAGGACUGCCUGCCAAUUAUUAGCCCCCUCAGGGAACCCCUAAUAGAGUCAGCUAAUUAAAGCAGAACUGUAUCCUAAUAUAAUAUAAUCAGGAUCAAAUCAAAUCUCAGAAGCCAUAUUUGUCCAGGUGCUAACCACCUUCUCUAAUAAUUCAAAAUAAAGGAAUAUGGUAGCAUAGUUGGGUUCUUCUUUUCCCAUUCAACGUAAGAGAUGAGACAAGCAAAACAAAAAAGCUGGUAAAGAACUGACAUCACUAAAGGAAGUUGCUCAGGAGCAAGAAGCUUUCCAUACUGUUUUCUUAUGUUAUUUGUCUUCAUUUCCACCUAAGUAUGAAGAAAACCGAAGAAAUUCAUCAAUUUAAAACAAAUUCCACUUACAGCCAUCCUGUGCUCUGUGACAGUCCUUGCUCUGUGACAUUCCUUCUUGUAUUAUCAUGUGGGAGAAAAGUGCCUGUCUUGCCUAUUCCUUGGGGAUCAACUUUGAGCUCAGUGAAAUCAACAUGUGUUGAAAUCCUCAUUGGUCCCCACAGACUUGAUGGGUGAGAGCAGCAGGUGGUUUCAGGGGGAUCCCUGGUCCACUUCAGGUCUUUAAGAAGGAUACUCCCAAGAAAAUCACUGACAGUAAACAGGGCUGUCACUAUGGCCUGCAAGAAUAUGCAUGCUCUCAGGGAACCAGUGCUGAAGAAUGAAUGGAAAUGUUUAGUGUGAAAGUUAGACAAAUGCAGCCCACAUAGGAUUCCAUCCACAUGGACAGACUAGAAAUUGGCAGUAAAAUACCUGUUUCCAAAGACUAUACUUUGCCUGCUCUAUUGGGGAAACAUGGUAAUUUUAUCCGACUAGUCAAAUAUAGUAAAUUAGUGUAUUAAGACACUAGGGUGGAAUCUCCAUUGUUCUUACCCAACUUGGAUCCUGCAAUGUGUAUCUCAGUGCUGCCUCCCAAGUUCAUACAUUUACUGCAGUGUUGGCACAGCCUUUAUUUCUAACACAAGUCAAGCUCAGUAGAAGUUCACAAGAGUUUGUUCAAGGUGGGCCAUCUAAAACAACCUGGGGCCCCUUGAAAAAAAUCCUUCUAAAAUGCAAUUGAGUUUAUGUUAAAUGCAACAGGUUUCUCCAAACUUGUCAUGGAGAGGAAGUAAGUGUACCACUUAAGCAGCUUGAGCAUGUUAGCCAAGCAGGGUUUGAGUAGCUCUUCUAAGAACAGCCCUCCCCAAACUAGAGGUAGAGUGGCCAGUAUUGCUACUCUGUGUUUAACAAGACACUCACACCCACCUUUACUAACCAGACUCUGAAAAACCUUGACGUAGAAGCAACAUCAUCUCUUCUAGCCAAGAGUCAUUCCUGAAGCAUAGUUAGUUGGAUAGCAAUUUGGAUUCUUGCAUGAGUAACCUGCAAUCGUCAUCAAGCAUACAAGUUAUCAUACAUGACACUAAAGCAUGAUAUAAACAUGUUAGGUAAAAAGCAUCAGGCCUGUGAGGUGUCAAAGAUCAGGUUAGAAGAUGGUGUGAUAUGUGGUCUUUAACACAAAAAUUAGCUUAACAGUGGGGGUGGGAAGGAGUCACAGAAAGAGAAAAGUAUGGCCAAACAGAAAUAGAUGAUCAUGAUGAUGAUGGUCCUGCUGCCUUUUGAAUCUUUGAGUUGACAUGUCUCUUCAAAUGCCCCCCCACAAGUAUCUAGGAGUAAUGGAAAAACAAUUUCUGAAACCUGGGAAGUAGAAUAAGGAAACCCAGCUGUGUGAGUACAUCUUUAAAUGACCUAGCCAAAACAAACUAGUGGUGUGGUUGAGGAAUCAAUUGUCAGACUGGGUGCUAGUCUUGUGUCCCCUCUUGCCCCCCAGUAAGCUACUGGGCCCACUUUAGGCACCUCUCUUUUUCCUAAGAACCAUAAAGAAAGGCAUUUCCUAAAGAAACACUUCAUAUGCUGCUGGUGGAGAAGCUGGAAAAACUGAAGGAAGGAGUAAAACUCUGGUGGGGGAUUGGAAACCUCCUGCAAAAUGUGCAAGUCAUUGCCAUGGUUCAUUCAAGGACCAAGAUUGGAUGUAGCGGAAGAGUCGUGUUAUUUUUGGUAAAGAUUAGCCUGUUGGCUUGGGACUGUACAUCUCUCUGUAGAUUUUUUGUGUGCAGUGGGGGUAUUUUCAUUUUAAUGAUAUUCUUGCUUUCUUGAAUGUUACAUUUUCUCAUUUCUGUUUCUGUUUCUCUCUUGCCUGACAUCAUGGCCACAGAUCAUUGCACACAACAUUGCCUGCCACAGUAGAGCCUAAGACAGUGCCUGGUCUGAGUAUCGAGGGGAAUCAGUAGUGCAGACCUAUGGGUUCUUUUCCAGUAACCAAACUAUAACCUUAACAGGGAAACUUCUUCAUUCCCUGACCUCCUACAUCAGGCUUAUUUUGUGGUAUUCUCCCCUCCCCAAAUAAAGAUAAAAACCAAGUUGGAGCUUUCUGUGUCAAGAAGAAAGAAGUCCAAAAUGCAUAGCUUUUUUUCCCCAAAAAAUAUCUGAUCCAAAUAUCAAAUAUAUCAUUUUAUAAAAUAGUUAGAUUCAUGCAUGAUUUUCUUUCAUUGUGCCUGUUCUAAUCAGGAAAAAAAAAAGUGACCAAAAGCUAGAAGGGAAAGAAAAAAACAUCAGUAGAUUUGGUAUUUCACAAAUUAGUUUAUUAGUUUCUAAACCACACCAAAUGUGGACAUACUGUGAAAUCCAAAGUUAUGGAAAUCCUGAGCACAGAAAGAUUGGAACAGCCGUGAGAGCUGAUGAGUAUGGACAAAGUAAGAGCUGUCUGUGGCCCAUUUGAGACUUUAGCCUCAAACAGGAAAUUUUUAGAGUGUGGAUUUGAAAGAGUCAAGGAUUUCCCUGAAUAGUGUACUUUUUUUUAAAAGCCACAUAUAUGGAGAAGUGGUGUGAUAUUGUGGAAGAAGUGGCCAGACCAUUCCGCCAUCCUUACUCUGGGUUCUCUUAAGAGCAGUUGAUAAAUGUGCAGAACAUCUGGAAGGCCAUCAGAACUACAUUUCACCUAUUGUACCUUUAGGAAUAAUUCAGCUCAAGAAAGUGGACUGAAUGAAGAAAUGAACUUUCAUUCAUGUCAGCUACUUUGUCAUCAUGAAGAAAUCAGCAACACAAGAGAAGGCUAUGUUGCCAAAAUAAUAGUAUUUAACAUUUGCAAAGUUUGAAUCGUUUUUAGCCUUGCCAAAAUGCAAGUCAUGUGUUGAAUAUGUUUCCGUCUUCUGGCUAUAGAGAAAAACAAUCCAGCUGCUUGGAAUCUUCUCUAUUAUUGGUGCAAAAGUCACUUAAAGAAAAGCACCUUCAGAGAUUGGCCUCAGCGUGGUGGUGGCUGCAGACUCACAUCACAGUAUUUAUAACCCCGUUAGCAAUUAAAUCCAGGCAUCGCUAGGCUCUUGUUACUCAUAGCUGUAUGUGAGCGAGAGGCCCAUUUUGUGGCAUUUCUGCACACCCAUCAGUUGUUGACACCUUCUUAGAGUACUGAAUGCUAGUUUCACAAUUCUUUAUUUCCCCUUCCAAGGAGUCGGCAAUCUCCCAAACUCUCCCAAAUGGAUUCUUUGCUGGGAAGUAGUGAAUUCAAGAGCAUUUUAACAUGCAGGGUUGAAGCCAGUUCGGUAGCCAUAUUCAUGCCAAGACUCUUAAUCAACGCUGUGAUAUGCACCUAGGAUGUGGAAGUUCAUGUACUUGACAAUUUAAUUGGAACUGUGAAGAUAUUAAAAUGGCAGCUAGCUAACUACUCUCACAAAGCCCUUGUGCAGCUGUCCUCAAGUAGAGCUUCCUGGGUUCACUUCCCCCCACUCUCAACCAGCCCAGCCCAGUGAUAACCAGUAACACACACAAAAAACACCUUUUUGUUUUCAUUCUUCUCUGGUAUGAUGGUUCACUUCAGUCAGGAGCUCAAAUGAACUCUGGACUUUAUUGUAUAUACAUCUAUGAAGUACUUGUUCAUGAACUUUGCCUGCAUUCCAUGAUCUGGGGAAGACCAAGUUAAUAUCAUUUUUUUAUAGGAAAGUGGUAGCUAAAGCCAUUAAUUUAUCCCUCUGCAUUCCAUCUAUAUGGUCAUAUGAUUUUCUGUUUUUUAAUCUUGUCUUAAGUGUACUAAGAAACCCCAGUCUGCCUCCUUUUCUAAAAGCUAAUCCAAAUACUUCUGGGAGCUAUUUUUUUAUGGUUUGUGUGAAAUUUGAGAGCAUUGGGCUAGGAAGAUGCAAAUGAGCCCAUAGUUUCCAGCAGAAAUUCACCUCCCAAGAAUUUGGCGUUCUUCUCCAUGGAAUAAACAACUUCUACUAUAUUUAGGCUAUUUUGUUGGCUGAGCAUUUCCCUAAAUUUUACCUGUGCAGACACCAAGGGGCUUUCUGUCUUUGAAACUUUAAGGAGGUCUUCUGAGAGAAUGAAUAUUUCUCACUAUUUUGGGAGCCCCCAUCUUAUACCUAGCAUGGAUUCAUUCUUAGGCAUGUAUUCACUGUGGUUUGUCAACAUCUUUGGCAAAAUUGUGCUUCCUUUCAUCAUUGUUCUCUUCCAGAGCUUGCUUCUAUUCUUUGUCUCAUGAAACAAAUGUGUUUUUGUUUAUUCAUCUGGGCCAUCCUUCCAAAAUGAAAGGCUAGUCCCAUAGACAUCUGAGUGUACAGGGAAAUUACUCUCUACCUCCCCACAGUGUGGACAAUAAACAGGAAUGAUCAACUCUCUGGGAACUCUUGGGGCAGAUUUUGAAUUCUAAGUUUCUAUGAGAAGCAUAAAAAUGGGUAUAUAGCUUACAAAAAUUGUACUACUCUCCAAUAAGAGACUAGAAAGAGAUUCAAAAUCUUUACAUCUUAAGUAGGUUUGAGCAAACUUUAAGUAGCUCCCCACCCCCCCCACCCCCCCCCCCGCUUUGUUUUUGGCAACUUAUCCCUAGCUAUAGUCUUACUUUUUUCUAUCUGGCCACCAAGGCCUAAAGAUGGUGGUUUCAGCCCCACCAGAACCGCAUUCUGUAUAAUCCUCCAAAGACAUCCAUUUCCUUUGGAAACAAAUCUGUAAAUGAGAGGAAAGUAGUGCACUUCUUCUGUCUGUCCAGAGUGCCAUACAUAGGAUUUUGGGGUCCACCAAAAGGAUAGGUCUAUACCAAAUCAUUAAUUUUAUAAUUCUUCAAUUUCUCAAGACACACAUAAUAUGACCCUACUGUUAGCAAAAUAUAUAAUCUUCAAAGACAAUAAGCAUUAAAAAAAAAAAAAGACUUCCCUUUUGAGAAGGAAUCUAAAAUACUCCUAAAAUGGCAGAAACUUACAAAAUUUGAAAUUGAAUAAUUGUUUAGAGAAAACAUGUCAUUGAUUCAUCAUAGUUUUUUCCUCUCAUUGAGUUUUAAUUCAGACUAGCGUGGGAAGCAGGGUGCCCCUGGAUUUUGAUUUAAGGGAUCAUACUUUGGCCUGGAAAUUCAGCCCUGAGCUGUAUGCCCAGAACCUAAGUGAAAUCAGUCAGCAUCCUAAUAGGAAUCAGGCCUAACAAGUUAAGUUACUUCAAGUCAGUUAGGGUUUAAUUUUCUCAGUGACACCCUGGACCCCAGACGCUGCUUCCUAAAAGCAAGCAUUUGAUGCAUUUGAUCCACACAGUUACAUCUCCCUACGGCCUUGGGAGAUGGUAAGCAAUGGAUUGUGGGAGUACAGCAUGAGACGGAGAGAAGGAAAAUUUGAACACGGCCGGGGUGCAAUGCUUUGCUGGUAUAAUGCACUGUUAUGGGCCUGGUGGUUUUUGCCGUCUUCUAUCAUGGGCUCCAGGAAUCUGUAUUAGGCAAACAGGAGUGUUCAGUUUCUGGUAUCGGUCCAUGCCUGACAACGUGCUGGGAAAGCAGGUACCCUGGUGAGACUGGCCUGUGCUUGCUGAAAUUAUUCCAUUACCUUUCAGAUUCGUUCCCAUGGGGCGGAGUGUGCAUGCGCCUUCCUGUUUUCUCUGUGCCUGUCCCAAAGUCAUUUUGGCAGCUAACUUCAUUUCACUUUUCUUGCUUUAAUACUUGCUCUUUGGCCUCCCCUUCCUUUACAGCCCACAGCUUUUUCGCUCACUUUAUCUUUCUAGUUUCUCUAGGACCCAGCCUUUCUUAGCUCUUCCCCCCACGCAGCAUGAAGCGCCAUUCCUCAGCCCUUUGGACCGAGGCACUUUGCUGUCACCAAGUGAGACACAGUGCUGUGACUGCCUCCUGUUAAUGUCAGCAUCACCUCAUCACUUAGGCAAAGAGGGAAAAAUCCAUAAAAGAGAUGGAAAAUGCAUUUCUUUUUCAUUUUAUUCUCCUUUAAGAAGGUUGAAGGGAGGGUUCUAGUGCUUUUCAAUUUCUCUUAGAUUGUACUUUAAAACUGCCUAAUUAGGGAGUUUGAUAAAUUAGAAAUCAGUCCAGGUUCUCACCAUCUACGAUGCAUAAGACUAAAUUUUUGAAUCUGAAGUAACUUUUUUGCACUGCUGAAGAAAUUGAUUUAAUUCUGUGCAAAUAGUUUGAAUCACAGGCUUUUUAUUGCCACCCCAUUCUUACUACUACUCAUGAUCCAAACAUCUACACGAAUCUGGAUCAGGAUGUUGACAAUUUGCGGUUAUUUUCAGAUCAACAGUAACUGAUACACUCUUGAAAGUGCUUUAAAAAAAAGUGUAAGCAUGUUCCUAAGUAGUUAAUUUUUGGCCCUGGAAAAAUCUUGGCUUUUCUGUUAAACAUUAGAUCAAUCUGUAAUAUUAAAGGAUUUUAAGCAAUAACGAAGACAGUUUGAGAAAUGAGAAGGCACUUUACAGACAUGAAACCUUACAUUACAUGCUCUUGGACAUUUUUUAAUAUAAGCUCAUUGGAUUCAGGUAUUUUUUUCCCUUUAAAUUUUUAAAAAUAUAUGUUUCUAAUUUGCAUAUUUAAUUUUGUCAAAGCUGAGAAAUGCUCAUUAGUUGGAUUUGUAAAUGUCAUUUGCAACCAAAUGAAGUAUUUAUUUUUAAAAAAGGUGAAGGAACCAAUAUUGACUUGUACAUAAUGAAAUGUGUGUGUCUAUAUAUAUAUUUUUUUCCUCCUUGACACUAUUUGGUCACCACAUCAAGUGUAUUUUUGUAUAUAAUAUAUAUUGGUUAGAAAAUGUAGAUUGUCUAUUCAAAGAAUUCUAGCUCUGUGAUAGAUUAUAUUUAUCCUAAUCUGUUGAUACCUCUGUUAAUUUGUUUUAAGAGAACUCUAUUUUUUGCAAUUUUCAGAGAACUGCAUUCAUGGCUUCCAAUUGUAAAUAUGAUGAGAAUAUUUUAAUAAAUCUUGGUUUCAUGUC